AUGUCCGAUUCUGAUAAAGUCAUUCAGCAGUUCAUGACAUUGACCGAUAGGUCUAUUGAUGUCGCCAGAGAGUAUCUGGAGCAGUACGACAACGAUUUGGGUGGUGCAUUGAAUGCUUACUAUGCUUCGCAGAUGGAAUCUGAGGAGGAGCAAAGGGAGAACGAUGAGAGAUGGGGUCCUACACGUGAAUCGCCAAGACCAAGCUCAGCGGAAGGGACCAGCAGUAGAGCACUUUCUCAAUCUUCCGAGCCAGUUAAAUAUGAUAGUAAGAAGAACAGUAAAUUCAUGAGUUUCUCCCAAAUGGUAAAGAGCAACGGUGGGAGUGGUGACGACGAUGACGAUGAUGAUAAGAGAAAUACCUUCGCCGGUGGUGAAGUAUCUGGACUGGAGGUAACUGAUCCUAACGACUCAAACAACAUUAUCAAGGACCUGUUGGAGAAAGCCAAGAGAGGUGGUGAGAGUCUUUCGCAAGAAGAAUCAGAGAACAAGAGAAGCGCACAGCAUUUCAUAGGUAAAGGAUACAGAUUGGGGUCUUCCGUAGGCGAAACGAACCAAGUUGUUGAAGAUAACACUGAAAGUGGCAGAAGGACACCUGAGCGUGUAACCAGAGAUAUAACAUUCUGGAAGGAAGGUUUUCAAGUUGGCGAAGGUGAAUUGUACAGGUAUGACGACCCUGCCAACAGUUUUUACUUGAAUGAAUUGAACCAAGGUAGGGCACCUUUGAAAUUAUUGAAUGUAGAGUUUGGACAAGAGGUCGAUGUUAAUGUUCAUAAGAAACUUGAUGAAUCAUAUAAGCCUCCAAAGAGGAAGAUAGAGGGAUUCCAUGGUAGAGGACAGAGAUUAGGAUCUCCUGUGCCUGGUGAUGCUCCAGAACCCGCUGUGGCAACUGCAACACAGGCUGUUCCAAAGACAGAGACUAAAGCAGAAAAAACAGAGGAAGUACCAAAAGGUGACUCUUCUAUUCAAAUAAGGUAUGCUAGUGGGAAAAGGGAAAUUUUCCGUUGUAAUGCAACCGACAGUGUGAGAUCUCUAUAUGAAUAUGUUUCAAGCAACACUACCGACAAAUCAAGACAAUUCACAUUAAACCAUGCUUUCCCAGUCAAGCCGAUUGAGAAUUCUGAUAUCUCUGUCGAGGAGGCUGGCCUGGUGAAUGCUGUCGUUGUCCAAAGAUGGAAAUAA